AUGGCGCGAAGGCUAACACAAGCAUCCAGAUUUCCUCCCCCGCGCAUCUUUACCACCGCGUUGUUAGGCUCUCACGACAUCACUGCGUUGAUCCGGGACACUGAGGCCCAUGAAAGAGCGCUGUUCCAGGUUGAUCCUGCGGCCAAAGGCCAUGGGUCCCAGAAACGCGCGACCCGGCGCGGGACUAUGUUCCCCGCCGAGUCUGAGCCCGAGUCAAUGGCAAGCCGUAUAUAUUCGGCACGAAACAACCGCAACCAAUCUGCAGUAGCCAGGGUCCUGGGCCACGAUAUGAUGGAAGAGAUCAAGCGAUCCGCAGGCACCUCAGCUCGAGGACCUCGUGGGGAGGUAAACAUCGAAGUCCUUCUCCGGGGUGCUGAGAUUUUAUGCGACGUCUAUCCUGUCGCUGGAGCACAGGAAAAGAUAGCCAAUCUUCGCUAUCGGCAUGAGAUGAUAUCUGAUUCCAUAGCACGAUUGGAAUCCCGAGUUGCUACAAACAGCGCAGAGCUCGACCACAUGAGAAGCUCUUAUGGAGAUGAAGAAGACGAGUUCGAGCCAGCGCCUGAGACGCAGCCCGAUGUACCGGAGGUCACCGAUGAGGACAUUGAGCGUGAACUCGCAGAGAUCCGAGACCUUGAGCGGAGAAAGCGAGGCCUGCAAGACAGGGUUACUGGCAUGGAGCGUGAUCUUGGCGGAUUGGUUGGCUGA